GUAAGGGGAGGAUGUAUUGCUCAGCGGUAAAUUCAUUUUAUUUGUUGUUUAUAAUUUAAUUUUAAUAUUAAUUUAGUGAAUAAUUAUAUUUAUUAUUUGUGUUAUUAAAAAAAUUAAGAUUUAGAAUUUGUAUUAAUUAAAUUUUUUAUUUUGUUAGUAAUAUUUCGUAUAAAACAAAGGUGUUUUUUAAUAAAAAUAAUACCAAACUUUACUUAAAAAGAACUUAAUAAAUUGAAAUGGCCCCAAGGUGUUGCGUCACAGGAUGCAAAAGCAAUAGUCUACCAAGAAGGAAGUGCGGAAAUAUUAUCCCUUCAUUUACUUUUCCAAAAGACGAAGUCAUUCGAAAUAAAUGGAUAGAAGCAUUAGGAAAAAAGGAUUGGGCACCAAAAAAGUAUUCAACGAUAUGCAUUCGACAUUUUCGGCCGGAAGACGUACAACAUAAUUUAAUGCUACAAAAUGAAGAAACUCAGCCUGAUUUGGCGAGAUCAAAAUUGCUUAACGGCGCAGUACCUUCCAGGUUAUUGAGACGGCCGGUUAAAAAAGAAAUGGAAGAAGAAGAAAUGAUAAACCAAAAAAUUUUUUGCUUGGCUUGUAAUUUUGUGACUGAGCCAAAAAAUUCGACACGAAAAUUUUUUUCUUUGCCAAGAAUUAGGGAGAGGAGAAAAAUUUGGUUGGAAAAGUUAGAUCGAUGUGAUUUAAUUGGCAAAAAUAUUUCGCGUGACAAUCGUGUAUGUGAAAUACAUUUUUUGGAGAAUUCGAUCGAUAAAAGAGGACACAUAUCAAAAGAUGUAGAUCCUAUUGAAGUAGUAAAGAAUAAUACUCUUUUUGAAGAAAAAAUAGACGAUAAGAUCUUGAACGGUUCACAACAAAAUAUUGUUGAUUCAAAGAUUCUACAAGAAGUGGAAAAAGAUCCAGAAUUCUCUCACACAGAUUCAAAGAUUUUACAAGAAGUGGAAAAAGAUCCAGAAUCCUCGCAAACAGUAAGUAGUGGUAGCACAAAAAUAUCGAAAAUUCCAGAGGAAAAAAAUAAUGCAAUUCUAAUAAAGAACGAGUGCUUACUUGACAUUGAGGAAGAUUCAAAUGAGAGUGAAAUAGAUCUAUUGAUUCCAAUUAAAGAGGAAAUUGAAGCAACCCCCUAUAGAAUAGAAGAAAAUUUAAAUUUACCAACAACUUUCCCAGAAGUGGCUGCUUUAAAGACUUGUGGACAAAAACAGGAUUUGCCAGUAAAAAUCAUGAUAAAAAGUAUAGAUGAUUCUUUUCAAACAAAUGCAUGUGUAGUGAAAAUUUGUAAAACUAAAGAAGCAAAUAAAAAAGUUCCACUUAUAUCAGCCAAAGAAAAAGUACAAGAAAACUCAAAUUUACCAGAGGGAAAAAAUGUAGAAACUUCUAGCAUGCACGAUGAUGCUUCUCAAAAAGUAGAUUCCGUGCAAAAUAAAAAAGGAAAAUCCACAGUAAAUAAAAUACAACGAAAUUUGACAGGUUCUAGAAACGGAGAGAGACGGAAAAGAAAACGAUCACAUGAAGAAGAAAAAAAUGUUGAUUGCGAAAAUUGUGGAAAACUUUUAAAAGAAUGUUCUCAAAUUUUAGAAAAAGUGAAGAUAUGUGCAGAUACAAUAGAAUCGAUAGUCCAAAGCAAUAAAAUUCUAAAUGAUUCAAGUAUUGGAAAAAUUGAGUUAGUUGAAAAAGUGAAGGAAAAUAACAUUAACUUGUUCAAACAAAUUAAAACAUUAAAAACAGAAAUAGACGUUUUUAAUUUUACACAUUGUUCAUUAAAUGUAUCAACAAAUGACAAUUGAAUUUUUUUUGACUUGGUAACACUGUUAUAGAAUUAUAAUAAAAUAAUGUUAUACUACAUAAAGAAAAUUAAAAUAAAUGUUAAGCAUACAACAUAAAAAUUUUU